CUGAGAUGGUGAUGGACGCUGUGAUAAGAUUUGUCCUUUGUGGAUUGAAUUUCCUGGUACCUUUUAUACAUGUUUAUGUUGAUGACAUCAUUAUGUGUAUUCCACGUGACAAAGUUGAUGAGACACUGAACUUGUUUAAUAGUUUUCAUGACAGGUUGAAGUUCACGUUUGAGUUGGAAGUUGAUAAUAGGAUUCCGUUUUUAGAUGUCUGGUUGAUCCGUCAUAAUAAUAGAAUAAUAACCGAUCUAUACUCGAAACCUACUUCAUCGGGCAGGUUGAUGAACUACCAGUCGAUGCAUCCCAGGUCGCAGAAGACUGCCAUCGUUAAGUCCAUUAAGCAUAGAAUUUUGAAUUUGAGUGACCCUUCUUUCCAUGAAAAAAAUUUCAAAUCUCAAUCAAACAUAUUACAACAAAAUGGAUAUCCAAGGAGAUUGGUUAAUAGAAUAUUUUUUUCUUCUUCGAACAGCACUGUGACCCAAGUGAAUGGUGCAUCGUCUUCCUCUGUCCCAACUUGGUCCAGACUUUUGUACAUACCAGGGCUCUAUCAAGAUCUAGUGAGGGUCAUGCGUCCGUACUGUUCUAAUAUUUCACCCUACUGCUAUAACACUCUGAACAGAAUUUUUACCAAAUUAAAAGACCCUGUUAUUAAAGAGAAAAAGUCAGGUUUGAUCUACAAGAUAAAUUGUGGUGAUUGUGAUAAAGUCUAUGUUGGACAGACGACACAAUAUUUAAAAAGCAGGGUGGAUCAACAUAGGAGGGAUUGUUUGCGAUCAAAAGAGUCGACAGCAUUAUCAGCACACGCUCGAAUGUGUGAACAUAAUUUUGAUUUUGAUAAUGUUGAAAUAUUAGAUUUCGAGAAGAAUUGGUUCAGAAGGAAUUUUAAAGAAAUGCUUUAUAUAAAGAGAACUCCUAACACGGUGAAUUAUAGGACUGAUUUGGGUGGACUGAAUUCUACAUAUUUGAAUUUAAUAAAUAGAAUAAGAACAAGACCGUAGACAUAUUGUUUUUUAGAUUAUGUGUAAUGUAUAUUAGACCGACCUGUCCAUUUUAAUAUGUCAUCUUGAUAAGAUUGUUGAUUGUUAGACUGAUUCGGAUUAUACAAUUGAGUGAUUUCUUUCAAUCGCGCCACAUCGUUUGGUUGUUGAUGCUCUAUCCCGAUUUGUCUUUUAACUCUUCAUGACUUUGUUUUUUCUGACAAUGAAUUUUUUAAAUUAAAUUGUUGAUGAUUUGUUCUGAAGCUUGAUAAAGGCUACAUAUUAGCCGAAACGUUGCUGAUUGAACAAUAAACUGCAUAUAUGUUCCUAUGACCGUCAUUUGCCACCC